AUGUCCGCCACUUCCACCCCCAACGACUCUCCCAUCCAGCCCCUCCACAACCCCUCACAGGCUGCCCAGAUCGUCGUUCCACAGGCGCCCCUUGGCUCUGUCGCAAACCAGGCUCCGGGCAUGGGCGCCAAAGCUCUCCUCGCAAAGAAGAUGGCAAAGACACACAACCCCGCCUUUAUCUCUCCCACAGACAACCUCAUGACCCCCGUCACACAAAAGCUCAAUGCCGCAAAGAAGAAACACUUUAACAAAUCAACCAAACCCGUGCAGCUCUUCUCCCCCGCCAGAGAGAACGACCAAUCGAGCGACGACGACGACGAGGAUUCCGCAGAAAAGGCACCCUCAUCAGACCCCACCGCCACCGCCGCUGCCCCAACCACCACCUCCUCCAAGAUCGCAAUGCAAGUAGACGACGAUGAGAAUCCGUUCUAG